UCAGACUGCAUGAUAACGGUUACGUUAAAUUAGUAUUCUGUACUUAUUUCGAACGUAUUCAUCCAUUGCUUUUCCAAUAUUUACACCUAGCUUGUCCUCGAGUACAGUCGUGUACGCAGGGUACUCGAACGUAAUUGUUUUUAACUCGAUACAAGUUAUUGUACAGGUGAUCGUUGAAGUGGCCAGGCUUGUGAUAAUGACCUUUUGAAUUUUGUGAUCGGUGUUUAAUUUCAUUUUGUUACCUAAAGUGUCAUCAGUGCUAUUAAAAUGACGGUGCCGGCGGGUAAUAUUGUCGUCGGAAUUAUUGAAGAUCUGUCUCCUAAAGAUCAUCAAGUGAAAAUAAGGAACAGACUACUAAUUUGGUGUUUGCUGUGGUGGCGAGCCAUUUUCGCCGAGUUCCUAUCGACAAUGUUUCUGGUGCUAAUCGGGUGCAUGGCAUGUAUACCGAGCGACGAAAUUCACCCCCAUCCGCCCAUCUACGGUGCUCUCGGCUUUGGAUUUGCUGUGUUGUUCACUGUGCAAGCUUUUGGACAUAUUUCUGGUGCUCAUAUGAAUCCAUGUGUUUCUUUAACUGCGGUGUUAUGGAAUAAGAUAUCUUUAUCACUAGGUGUAGCGUAUGUUAUAGCUCAAUGUUUAGGUUCGAUUUUUGGUUACGGUAUUCUAAUGCAAGUGUCGCCUACAGAUUUGAUAUCUAAUGGUAUUUGUACGACUCAGCCCCACGAGAAGUAUACUGUGCUACAAACUUUUGGUGUUGAGUUGAUUUUAACGUCGUCUCUUAUAUUUUUAGUCUGUGCAAUAUGGGAUCCAUUGAAUAGUAAUUCACAGGGAUCCAUUUCCUUGAAAUUUGGUUUUGUGGUGGCGGGACUUUCGAUUGCGGGUGGUCCACUGACAGGCGCUAGUCUUAACCCCGCGAGAUCUUUAGGUCCGGCCCUGUGGACGGGUGUUUGGACUUUUCACUGGGUAUACUGGACGGGUCCUUUGGUUGCCAGUAUGGUGGUGGCGUUAUUUUAUAAAUACACUUGGUUAAAGCCAAGUCUUGAUGUAAAGGAUUCUGCUGCAUAUCCUUUGCUGGCACCUGGACCCUGACGACCUUACUAGAAGACUGGAGUGCUGAUUCUACACUAGUUGGAUCGGUAUAACGUGGUACUUUAUUUAGAUUUUUCCUUAUACGUAUAGAUAAUGUUUUAA